GCUCUGCGCCUGCGUCCCACCGGCCAGACCCUCCCUUCCCUCGGUCCCGUCCCCUGCCCCGCCACAGCUGGGGGUGGGGGGGCGUCGCCCCCUCCCCGCAAAGUGAGUAUCGAGCGUCCUCCCUCGACCCGCCCCUCAGACAGACCCGCCGCCGCCCCGGCGCCUCAGCCGUCCGCCCGGUCAGCGCGGCCUGGCCUCGCCGCCCCGGCCCUCGCUCCCAGCGUGCACCGCGGCGAGCGCUCGGGUGGGAGCCGGCGAGAUGCGUUCGGCGGGCGGCGCCCACUGACCUCCCUCGGCCGCCCGGCCGGGGCAGGGCCGGAGCCGGGAGCCAGCCCCGCCCGCCGCCCCGCCCAUGGGCCGCCAGCCCCCGCAGCCGCCCGCCGGGAGGACCGCGCCGAGGGGGGGAGCCGCCUGAAGGACCGCGACGGCCGCGCCCGCAGGUCAUCUGGAUGUCAGCAUGGCAGCCACAAACCUGGAGAACCAGUUGCACAGUGCCCAGAAGAACCUCCUCUUCCUUCAGCGGGAGCAUGCCAGCACCCUUAAGGGGCUGCAUGCCGAGAUCAGGCGACUGCAGCAACACUGCACAGAUUUAACAUAUGAGCUGACACUCAAAAGUUCGGACCAGACAGGAGAUGGGGCUUCCAGAAGCAGCGAGCUGAAGAGGAAAUGCGAGGAGCUGGAGGCGCAGCUGAAGCUGCAGGAGGAGGAGAACAACGAGCUGCUCAAGCAGCUGGAGCAGAAGAACGCCGUGAUCGCCGUGCUGGAGAACACCGUCAAGGAGCGCGAGAAGAAGUACCUGGAGGAGCUGAAGGUGAAGAGCCACAAGCUGAACAUGCUGUCCAGCGAGCUCGAGCAGCGCGCCGGCACCAUCGCCUACCUGACCGCCCAGCUGCACGCCGCCAAGCGGAAGCUCCUGAGCGCCGGGGGGGCCUCGGACGGCAGCCCCUCCGGGAGCCCUGUGCUGGCCAGCUACAAGCCAGCCCCCCCCAAGGACAAGCUGCCUGAGACGCCCCGCCGCAGGAUGAAAAAGAGCCUCUCAGCCCCCCUGCACCCGGAAUUUGAGGAGGUCUACAGAUUUGGGGCCGAGAGCCGGAAACUCCUCCUGCGGGAGCCGGUGGAUGCCAUGCCUGACCCCACCCCGUUCCUGCUGGCCAGGGAGUCCGCCGAGGUCCACCUCAUCAAGGAGAGGCCUCUGGUCAUCCCCCCCAUCGCUUCCGACCGUGGCCCGAGCGAGCAGCACAGCCCGGCCCGCGAGAAGCCACACAAGGCUCACGUCGGGGUGGCCCACCGCAUCCACCACACCGCGGCGCCGCAGGCCCAGCCCGAGGUGGAGACGCUGGCGGUCGACCAGGUGAACGGAGGGAAGGUCGUGAGGAAGCACUCAGGGACGGACAGAACUGUGUGAAGCCUGCCCCAGGCGACCCUUCACCCUCGGCUGUCGAUGCACUGUGAUCACUACAAGGAAAAACUCAUCCAUACCUUUUUUUUUUUUCUUAAUUCCCAUGCAUGCCAAAUUUUUUUCAGACCUGUCAACAGAUGAUUCUUCUCCUGCUCCUCUUGCCCUCUUACUAACACCAAAAUACGAUCGUGUCCCUGCUGCAGAAUACGUAUUUACUAAUCGCUGUGGCCAAACACCUGUGUGCCGAAUCGCUUGCUUCUAAUCCUACUCUGUGUACCUCCGCGCGCUCGUGGACAGAGCACAGGCCGCAGGCUCUAUCACUACUCGACGUUAACGAAAUCGGAUAGUCACACGCCUCAUUAUACAGCCGGAGCAACACACGCUGACCGACCUUGACCCCUCGCUCCAGUUUCCAGGGCAGCCCCUGCUCCCUCCUGGAGACCCUGUAACCUCCCGACGAGCCUUUCCCAGGGCGGCACAGAUAGCCGAGCAGCUGUAGAUGUGUAUCUCGGGAACGAAACAAGAUGAUGUUACUUCUCAUACCACCACAAUCUGAACGUGUGUUCAUAUUUUUUGUUAGUUUUAUCCAAAAUGUUCAAGAUCCCAACAAACUUUAUUUUCUAAACCUGCCUCUUUCUGUUUUGUGUCUUUUAUUAAACCACCUGAGGGAGGAGCUGGGGGGAGGCUGUGGGAGGGGGAGAAACAGCUGGCCACCCCCCAGCCCCGCAGUAACUACAGCAUUCUUACCCCAUGUUCUCUCCCACAACUCCCGCCCCUGAGAAGGCUCUGUGCUUCCAGGUUCUGGCAGAAACUCCUUGUGCCUAUGACUGGCCCCUCCACUCGGCCCUGCUGGUGCUCCAACCGGCUCGUCCCUUUCGGAGUGUAAAGCCACUCCUGCCCUCCAGCAGGCCUGGCCCCCCAGGGUGUGU